UAUAUGCAUUCAAACGGAGACAACAACAUCAGUUGCUCAUUAUUCAACACAAUGGAGAAGAACCCAGUGUUUGAAAACAAUAGUUACGACACUAAAUCCUCACUAUCUGACAGCAGGACUGAUGUCCUACAACCUGCAUGGUCUAAGCAAACCACAAGACGUAAGACUUCUUGUCGGACAUGUGUAUCUGCAACCUUUGCAGUAGUGGCUGUGCUUGCUCUACUCAUUCUUGCUGGAGUGGUAGUCACAAUGAUUGUGCAACCACAAUAUUCCAACACCGAGUCUAACGCUUUGUUGAAACAAGAGAUGGAAAGUUUGAAAGAAUUUAUGACACAACAAGUGAAUGUAAACAAGGAACAAACAAAGUUUAAUCAAAUGCAACAACGUGAGAUUGAAUCUCUGAAGCAUAAUCUUCAGCGUUCAAAUAAAAGCAAUAUCGAGCUACGAAUACAGUUUGCCUCUGAGAUAGAUACUUUAAGCAAAAAUGUUACUGCUGGAAUUGCGACUGUCCAGUUACAACAAAGCCAGAGUGUGAUCCAUUGCAUGGAAAAAACGAAUGAAACAUACUACAGAAUUGAAAAUUUGACGGAGGUCAUCCAGCACUCGCUAGUUAAGUUAACUAGAAAGCAAGAGGAGGAUAUUUCAAGCCUCGAGAAAUCUUCAAAUGAGAGUGUUGAAAAUCUACACAUUCAACUUCAUUUUUUUAAUCAUUCCUUCACCACUGAUAUUGAGGGUGUCUGGAGAAGGCUAAACCAGAAUGCACUCGACUGCCUAGGAGAGACUAACGAAACACAGAACGAGGUGGAGGCAAUCAAUAAUCGAAUUAAUCAUCUCGUUUUGAAUUUUACAUCAGAUGUUGUGUUAAUCCGGACUCUACUCAGUAAUAUACAAAAUUCUUCUGGCUCACAAGAAUCUGAUGGACCGCUAACUUGUGAAGUACUUUCCUCACCCACCAAUGGAGGAUUCAGUAUAGAGGCAGGACCAAACUCACUGAGUGGUGGAUUGGGCUCAGUGGCUACCUACACAUGUGACCCAGGCUAUGCUCUUGAAGGACAAGGGACCAGGACUUGUGAGGACACUAACGGAGGGACGGUCACUAUGGGAACAUGGAGUGGAGCGCAACCAUCUUGUAACGAAAUUUUUUGCUUGGAGCCUCCCACACCAGUGAAUGGAGAUGCGGUAUUGAGUAGUCAAGAGAUGAGUGUGGGCACCAUGGCUACCUACUCCUGUGACUCUGGGUACGUUCUUGUUGGCCAGGUAACCAGGACUUGUGAAGAUGUUAGAGGAGAGAUAAUUGGAACUUGGAGUGGAACUACGCCAGCAUGUGAAGUGAUUAUUAGAUGCCAGCAGUUGACUCAUCCAAGUAACGGAGAAGUCAGUGUUUCUACUGGCACACACGGAGUGAACCUCGGUGUGGGAGCUGUAGCUACCUACUCCUGCAGCAAUGGCUAUGGACUAGUGGGACAAGCUACCAGGACUUGUGUUAGUGAUGGAGGGAGCUCAGGAAUAUGGAGUGGGAGUGCACCAACGUGUGAAGAGGUGAUAACAUGUCUGUCACUUGCACCUCCGGUCAAUGGAGUUCUCACAUUCACUCCUGGUGCUGACAACAGUAACAUUGGACUGGGAUCAGUAGCCACUUAUUCCUGUAACCUCGGCUAUGUGCUAGUGGGACAAUUUACAAGAGUGUGUCUAACUGCAAAUGGUGGAGCUUGGAGUGGAAAUCAACCAGCAUGUGAAGGUGCGGUCUACUGUCCAUCACUAACGGCCCCAGGCAAUGGUAGUGUGACUAUCAUCUCUGGUGUCAACCUUCUCAGUGUUGGGUCAGUGGCUACCUACUCAUGUGACCCAGGCAAUGUCCUCCUGGGACCCCCCACCAGGACUUGUGAGGACCCAGACUCUGACUUAGUGGGAACAUGGACUGGAACAAAGCGAGAAUGUCAAGUGAUUCUCUGUCCUGACAUCACGGCCCCUGUUAAUGGGACCCUCGUCAUUUCCACCCCCUCACCAACCCAACCCCUUGGUGUGGGCACCACUGCCACCUACUCGUGUGAUCCUGGCUAUGUUCUGGUUGGUGAUCUCACUAGGACUUGUGAAAACUCGGAAAUUGGAAGUGUCGGAACUUGGAGUGGCUCAGAAGUGGAUCCUACAUGUUUUAUACCGAACAGGGCUCUAGUGGACUGUGAGGAUACAAGCUGUCGAUAUGAACAGCUGGUGUGUCCCGAUCGAGACAACUGUACAAUACACUGCAAUGACAUGGAACCAUACGCUUGUUUCAGGACUGGUGUUGUGUGUCCGAGUGUAUUGGGAGAUUGCAAUCUCAAUUGUGACGAUUCUUACGCCUGCAUACAAGCUAACACCACAUGCCUUCAAGGGAACUGUAACGUAAACUGUCCGAAUGAUUACUCUUGUCAGAAUUCAGUCAUGCAAUGCUCAGGUGACAGCUGUCUCCUAUCCUGUGAGGGCAGGGAAUCUUGCUCGUAUUCAACUAUCGAAUCCUCAGGGGAAAACUACCUACUCAACUGCGUAGGACAAAAUUCAUGUUCUUAUUUGGACUCUGAAUGUUCUGGUGAAAGUUGCCGUACUAAUUGCUAUGAGGAUUAUUCAUGCUCACACUCAACCUUAGACUGCUCCAAUGGAAACUGCAGCUUACACUGCACUGAUAGGUACGCUUGUCAAUAUGCAACAAUGAGGUGCUUAGCGAAUGCUUUUUGUAAUGUGAAUUGCCUCAAUGGAAACCGAGCAUGCCAAUGGUCAGAUUUUGUGUGUGAACAAGGUAGUACCUGUGUCUUUAACUUCGAUGGAGAGUUCACUGGUGACACUAUUGGCUGGUAUACAGAUAUCACAUGUGAAGAGAACAGUACCUGCAGCAUCAGGUGCACUGGACUGAGUAAUAAUGCUCAGCAACAAUGUUAUCGUGCUGAUAUCAUCUGUCCCACGAGUAAUGGGGAGUGUACUGUCGAGUGCAGUGGCUAUCUUUCCUGUCGAUAUUCACGCAUUACAUGUGGACCAAACAAUGCCGUGAACUGCACUGGUCUUUCAUCAUGUCAACAAGCUAACUUUUAUUGUCCAGCUAGCAACAACUGCACUAUCAACUGUGACGGCCAGUAUUCCUGUAACAAUGCUCGAGUGACCUGUCCCACUGGAGACCACAGCUGCAACAUACGCUGCACUGACCCACUGUCCUGUCAAGGCUUGAGUAUCACCAACACACACAAUGUCAACCUGCUCUGUUGUGGUGGUCCCACUGCUUGUGCAGGAACGAGUGUGGUACCCACCUCCAUCGAUUGCCCCUAUAUUAAUUAACUAUUGAUUGCUGAAGAACGUUGACUAUUAAAUUGUGGACAGAUAGUGUUCAUAAUUAUAGUAUUAGAACAAAAUUCGAUAUGUAAGACGACAAUUUUUA